AAAUAACAAAUUUUCAAUCCACAACUUGGCAUCACAAACACUGAACUUUUGACGCAGACAAAUGGAGGAAGCCAAGUGGUACUCCAUGCCUCUCAUCAUAUUCUCUUUCCUCCUACUCUUCUUCCUCUUGAAGCUAUUGACAUCAAAACAACAGAGAUACAAGAAUCUACCACCAAGUCCACCUGGGCUUCCCAUCAUAGGCCAUCUUCAUCUACUGAAAGAGCCACUGCACCAAACUCUUCAAGCUUUUUCAGACAAGUAUGGGCCCAUCCUCCUCCUCCGGUUGGGACCCAAAAAGGUGGUGGUCGUCACCUCUCCUUCCGCCGUUGAAGAAUGUUUGACGAAAAACGAUGUGGUAUUCGCCAACCGGCCCCGGAGCCUCGCCGGAAAACACCUCAACUACAACAACACCAAUAUGGGUGUAGCUCCAUACGGUGAACUUUGGCGCAAUCUCAGAGAAAGAGAGGAGCAAGAGAAAAAGAGGAGGAAGAGAGGAGAAGAAAAUAAAGAGAGGGGGCCAUGGACGGAGAUCACCACAACCCGCCAUGGACGGAGAUCGCGAACCACUCGAACCCAACCCACCGCCAUGGGCGGAUGAUUUUUUUAAUUCAGUGGGUUGAUUUUGGGUUUGGGUUUGGUUUUGAUUUUUGAUUUUGAUUCUGUGGGUUUGAUUUUGUUUUGAUUUUGAUUUUGAUUUUGUUGUUGAUGAUGA